CCUCCAACCCAGUCAGACACUGCUUAUGUUUUUCUCCAACCCAGUCAGACCCUGCUUAUGUUCCGUAAGUCUCCAGUCUGGAAUUUAGGCUGCAGUGUGAAUGAGAGAUGGAUAGGAGAGGGGCUGAAUAGAAAGAAAGAUGAUCACCACCCUAAGACCAGGCAGAUCUCACAUCAAGUGCUCGCUGUACAUGGACAAUGUGACCAUCUUCUGUGCAGUUGGUGAGGGCUCUCAUUGCAGAGCUUCAGGUGUUAAAGUCAACUGUGGGAAGUCAGAGACCCUGCGGAGAUUGGAACCUCACUUCUGACACCGUCCCCCUCUCCAUCAAAUCCAACUUCAUCAAAAUCCUUGGAGUUUGGUUUGGUGGUGACAGGGGUGAUCCUGGGGUUGCUGCAGCCCCCCUCUCCCACUCCGUGCUUGAAACAUCAGUGUUGGAGCAGCCUCCGGGCCCCCCAGUCUAACCCUGCAUCUGCCAAAACGGAAAAGACUAAGGACUCUGCUGGCAGCUCAGUGUCCUGCUUAUUUCUUCUCUCACUCUGGUGCUUGUUGGAGUGGGACCACUGGAUCAAUUCUGCCCUUACAAGUUACAACUGGAACACCCGAUGGUUUUUACCAAGGACUAGAGAAUUUACACAAAAACACAAAAAAUUUUUAAAUUAUCUUUUUUGUCUUUGUGUCUUGGGCUGAGGGGGGGGGCUCAUGAUCUGAUGAAAUGUUGAGUUUCCUUUCUCCUGUUACUUUCGGUUUCUAUUCUUCUCUCAGUCCCCAGUAGGAGGAGGCGGAGAGAGAGAGCUCGGAAGUCAUAACAAAUGAAUAGACUGCUGGGAAACAAGAAGCAGGCGACGGGCAGAGAGACAGAGCAAAGUCUGCCUGCGAGUAACACAGAAAAGAGCCUGGAUUAAGGAAAAGGCCAGAAUCAAUGGAUCAGAAGUAGAAAAAUCGGAGCAGAUCCAGCAGCAAAAGAAGGAAGAGUCGCAGAAAAAGAAGGGUCACAGAGAUCCAGCAGAGAAAAAAGGAAGGGUCACAGAGAUCCAGCAGAGAAAGAAGGAAGGGUCACAGAGAUCCAGCAGAGAAAGAAGGGUCACAGAGAUCCAGCAGAGAAAGAAGGAAGGGUCACAGAGAUCCAGCAGUGAAUACAGAGGAGGAACAGUGCAGGAGGGAGGAAAGAUCAAGCCUAGGGAGGUGCAACAAGGCAAAAUAAAGAGGUAUCAAGUUGGAUCUGGAGAAAUCCAGGGAAAGCCACAGAACCGACACAGAAAGAAAAAAAAUAAAAAAAUAAAAUAAAAAAAAUAAAUUUAAAAAAUAAAAUAAAACAAAACGAUUAAGAAUUGCUGCUAAACAGAGAGACAGACUAAGGGUACAGGGGACAUUACCAUCAUUCCACAUGGGGGCAGAGCAAACAGUUAUGGUCAAUACCGAGGGUCUCGCUGCACGGGUGGCUCAACAGAUUUGUUCAGCAGGGGGCAGCAUGGAGCUGGGGCAACUGGGACGCUCUCUGGGGCUAAAUGCCCAGCAGCUGGAGAGACUGGUGGAGGCGGAAGAAGGCCGCAGCUUGGUGUUCCGGGUCCAGGAAGGUGACCAGAAAGUGGCCGUGUAUCGCAGUGCUUUGCGCUUAUGCCAAACCCCGAAAUGUGCCGGGGAGUGUGGUCAUCUCCAUCUGUGCCGCUACUAUGUACUGGGCAGCUGCAGCAGGUCCCCCUGUAAAUUUAAUCACUUCAUCCGAAACCAGCACAACCUCUCGGUGCUUGAGAAGCAUCAUCUGGACUCUGUGCCCAUCGAUGAUCUGCGGCAACUUCUGCUACAGAACGACCCCAACCUGCUGCCUGUUAUCUGCUCACAUUAUAAUCGGGGGGACGGGCCCUACGGCUCCUGCACGUAUAAGAACAAAUGUAACAAGCUGCACGUGUGUCAGCAUUUCCUGCAGGGAGACUGCAAGUUUGGGGAGAAAUGCAAGAGGUGCCAUAACCUCAGCGAGCAGGAGACCUUAAAGAAGCUGAGAAUAAAUGCCAGUCUUUUGCCGGGGCUUCUAGAAACCUACAUUAAUGCCCACACCCUCCAGAGCAGCUAUGAAAGCCCCCCACGAAAUGUUGUAAAAUCUCCUGAAAAAAAGGCGACACCCCAAUUGUCUAAGCCUGAAACACCCCAGAAAAUAGAGGAGAUCUGCUUGUACUUUAUCCGCAACAGCUGCAGCUACAAAGAGAAAUGUGUACGGGAACAUUUCCACCUCCCCUAUCGAUGGCAAGUCUGUACCAAUGGCACCUGGAAGGACUUUGAUAACAUGGAAAUGAUUGAAAAAUUGUACUGUGACCCCAACAGCAGCGCUGUGGUGGUGAAUCUGGACUUUGAAACCAUGACGUACCAGUCCAAUAAAGUGAAACGACUCUCCACUCCAUCCUCAGCAUCCAAACCUCCGCACUUUGUCUGCACAACGGACUGGAAAUGGUACUGGAUGGACGAAAGCAACAAGUGGGUCGAAUAUGGGACAGAGAGUGACCUCCAUGAUUCUUCCACUGUGGGCAGCAGUGACCUGGAGAACGUCUAUCAGUCCGAUGAUACGGCGGACAUCAAAUUUCAGGCUGGAAAACACGAAUAUUUGCUGAGUUUUCAAAAUAUGGUGCAGAGGAACUUGCACUAUGGGACGAAGAGGAGGGUCUGCAGGAGGCCCGUGUUUGUAUCGGGCAAUGAUGUGCAGAAGAAGAAAACCAGCAAAUCAGAACCCCAAAAAGGGGAUAAAAACACACCAGCUCAUUGGGGCAAGGGGCAGAUGCCGGAUGUGGGAUUCAAGCUGGUUCCUCUGUCUCCGUCAUGUGAAGAAUACAGCAAGAUAGAGGCCAUGUUUCGUCGUACAUUGAGUAUCCGCAUCCACAGCAUCGAACGCAUUCAGAACCUGGCGCUGUGGGAGGUCUAUCAGUGGCAAAAGGAGCAGAUGAAGAAGGUUAACGGGGGGAAAGACCCAGACGAGCGUCAGCUCUUCCACGGCACCAGCGACAAACUGAUCGAUGCCAUCUGCCAGCAGAACUUUGACUGGCGCAUCUGCGGGGAUCACGGAACUGCGUACGGGAAAGGCAGUUAUUUCGCCCGAGAUGCCUCGUAUUCCCACAACUACUGCAGACGCUCAGGCUCCCAAACGCUCGUCAUGUUUGUGGCCCGGGUGCUAGUGGGGGAUUUCACCCGCGGAAACUCCUCUUACCUGCGACCCCCUUCCAAUUCUGAACAUCUCUCCACCUCCUUCUAUGACAGCUGCGUGGACAGCGAGAGUAACCCCUCGAUAUUUGUGAUUUUUGAGAAGCACCAGAUCUACCCCGAAUACCUGAUCAAGUACUCCGAUAACUGAGAUCUCUGAGCAGGGACAAAUUAGAGUGUCAUCCCUUUGGCUGAGUCACCUGACCCCAAGCCCUACCUAUACCAUCAGCUGGUGCCUAGAAUUGCCAUUGUUUAUGUUUAGGGUGAGACACAAAUUACUCAAUGACGGUUGUGUGGGUUCAGACCAGUUUAUUCUUCAUUUUGCUUCUCAGUUGCUUUUAGUAACCCAACUGAUGCACUUUAACGCUUAGGCUAGACGCCCCAUAUAUACUUCACAUACAGGUGCCUACCAUAGUUUGUUGGGGGGACCUUAAAUAUUUAGUUAAGCAAAACUCCCAGCAUCCAAUAGCUGAAUUCUGUCAUGGGUGGGGGAAUGGGAAAGUUAAAGGAGAACUAAACCCUAAAAAUGUAUAUAACUAGAAAUGCUAUAUUUUAUAUACUGAAAAGAUGAAAAGAAAAUGGGGAGCUACUGGGGC